CACGACUCAACUUGGAAAAAGCAACUGCGGAUUGUACUUUCAACACCGGUCUCACCUCUUCGUCUCGUCGUACCAAAUGGGUUGGGGACUUCCUACCUGGCUCGGUGGCAGUGCUGGACCUGCGCAGCCAGAAUCAGCACGACCGAAAUCCACGGACGGCGGAUUUGUGGCUCCCGACCGGAAUGCAAGAGAAAUAUGUUACGAGUCGAGAGAUAUCUUCUUCGAGUGUUUGGAUAAGAACAACAUCCUUGACGCGAUCAAGGAAGAUGAGAAGGCAAGAAAAGUAUGUUCGAAGGAGGUGGCGGACUAUGAGAGAGAUUGCGCAAGAAGUUGGAUCAAAUACUUCAAGGAGAAGAGAGUAAUGGAGUACAAUCGAGACCGCACGUUACAGCGGAUACAACAGGACGAUGCAAAGAUGGCUGCGAAGGCCAAAGCAGACAGAAAAGGCGGAUCGUGGUUUGGAUGAAGAGCUAUCGAGAUGAUUUCUUGCACGAGAUCAGCGACGUCCAGCGGUGUCGGGACAAGCUAUCUAAGGAAGCAAUGUCCCAGGCCCGAGAUCUUCAGCGCAAUACCCUAGCUGCUGGAAUCAUUGUGGCCAAGCAGGAUAUACAGCCGAAGCUUCCGGAGGCAAAUCUGGAAGCAUGUAUAAUACUGAUUGUACAAAAGACAUGGAUACGACCUACAAGUGUACGCCUGAAGGUAGAGAUGCGACAGGGUUGCAUCAGGAAAGGCCACGACAACAUCUGCUCCCCUACCAGAGUGAUCCUAAUAGAUAUUCUUCGCUCCUUUCUCUUGCUGCCAUCACUGACGGUCGAGCAAAGCAUCAGCUAGCUGGCGCAAAUUUCAU